CCCAUGCGCACAUAAUAUUUUUCGUUGUCGGCCAUCUCAAAGAGGUCCGACCGCUGUGAGGGAGAAGAGUGAGGCGCGUCUUCUUCUUCAUCGGCAGACAUCGCCGAAAGCUCAUAAAGAAGCGGCCAAGACAGAGCAGGGAGGCACUGGGAUCUGUUUACACCGGGGCAAGCGGGCUGGAACCAGUUUGCAUCUUGCUCCAAUCUGGUGCUGGGGACCACGUCCGUCCACGGCAGCUAUUUUAUCGUCACCGUCCUUGUUCUCAUUUAUUUGACAUCAUUUGUGUUAGACGGGGGGGGCAACGAUGGCCGGGGCAAUGGCAGCUUCAGGCCAGGCUGUCAGAUCGGGAGUGGUGGGUUUGGGUCAGCUUGCGCACUCCCAAGAAGCUGGAUUCCGCAGAAAAUUGGGAGGGGGGAGGGUUGAUGCAUCCAGACACCAAAGCCUGGGGCCUUCAGUGUGCCAAUUAUGUGCCGCUGUGCGGUCCAGCCGCCGGUCAUCGGCAGAGAGCGAGCUCCAGCUUGUCAGACGCUGCUGCGCUCCUGUUUGCUCUGCAUCAACGUCGUUGUCGUCUUCCUGCGGCUCAUCCUUUCGCGCCGAAGAGCGGAUUGUCGGCCACGAGACGAAAGGCGGCAGCUGCAACAAGAAGUCUCGCUCUCAACGCCAACCAGGUAUUGUGCUGCCACGCGCCAGCGGGGGUGGCAAUGGAGAGGUGGGUGUGGCAACCGUGGCAGAUAACGCUGACGUGUCCUCCUCCAGCAUGACAACGACGGUCGGAGGCGACGGCGGGCUGCAGAUCUGUCGCAUACUGAAUGGCAUGUGGCAGACGAGCGGCGGCUGGGGAAGAAUAGAACCGUCCAAGGCGGUUGCUGCCAUGUUUGAACACGUGGACAACGGACUGACUACGUUCGACAUGGCCGACCAUUACGGUCCCGCGGAGGACUUGUUCGGUCUGUUCCACAAUCAAGCUCUGAGGGAAAGGGGCGAAGAGUACGCAUCGAAGGUUCAAGGCCUCACCAAGUGGUGCCCUUCGCCGGUGAAGAUGACGAGAAGCGUGGUCGAGCAAAACAUCGACCGAUCGCGCAAACGAAUGGACGUCAAGCGUCUCGACAUGCUCCAGUUCCAUUGGUGGGACUACGCGAACCCGGGCUACCUGGACGCGUUGAAGCACAUGCAAGAUCUGAAAGAGGAGGGCAAGAUUGCGCAGCUGUCGCUGACCAACUUCGACACAAAGAGGCUGCAAAUCAUACUCGAGAACGGCAUCAGUAUCGCCAGCAAUCAAGUGCAGUACUCUCUGGUCGAUCAGAGACCCGACAAGGAAAUGGCCAAGCUCUGUCAGAUGACCGGUGUGAAGCUGAUCACCUAUGGGACAGUGCUUGGGGGGCUGUUGUCGGAGAAGUACCUCGGAAAGGGACAACCUGGGUCUUGGGGCGGGCCCACCCUGAACACGCCGUCUCUCAACAAGUACAAGAGGAUGGUGGAUGUGUGGGGAGGCUGGGAGUUGUUUCAACAGCUGCUGAGGGAGUGCAACACCAUAGCCAAGAAGCAUGGCGUGUCCAUGGCGACCGUCGGGCUUCGCUUCGUGCUCGAUCAGUCGGCCGUGGGUGGAUCGAUGGUCGGGGUUAGACUAGGAAUUGCACAGCACAUAGAGGACUCGAAGAAGGUCUUCGGUCUCAAAUUAGACGAAGACGAUCGACAGAGAUUAGAAACCGUCACUGGACAGAGUAGAGACCUCCUGGUUAUCAUCGGAGAUUGCGGCGAUGAAUACCGUGGAUGAGACGGGACCACCAACCUCCAUCCAGAGGGAGCCCCCCCCCCCACUCACGCAAACCUUAUCCUCCUUUUUCACUCCUACGUGGCUGCGUGGGUUCGUCGCUAAUCAAGAGCUGCCUUGGAUCGAUAAUCAAGUCGUCUGUGGCUCUGUCGCUAUCUCUGUCCAUUACAUUCUCUCGCCCAACGCCCAAUGACUAAGUCUUCUGUGCCUCUGGUCUUUCCCUAGCUUUUUUGUCGAUCUCGGAUUCUGAGGGAUGAGCGGCGAGCACACUCGCGAACCUUAUCCUCUUGUGUCUUCCUAUGUGUCUAUGCGGGUCUGUCGAGCUGCUUUUGCUUCAGAACCAAGUGUCCUGUGGCUCUGUCUCUGUGCGUACGUUCGCUUCUUUCUUUCAAGCGCUAGUCUUCUGUCCCUCUGGUCUGUCUCGCUUCUUCGAUCUCGGAUUCUGAGUGGAACGCACACGGCGAACCUAUGUGGCUAUGCGGGUCUGUUGAGCUGCUUUUGCUUCAGAACCAAGUGUCCUGUGGCUCUGUCUCUGUGCAUAUGUUCACUUCUUUCUCCCAAGCGCUAGUCUUCUGUCCCUCUGGUCUGUCUCACUUCUUCGAUCUCGGAUUGUGAGGGGUGAGCGCACACGCCCAACCUUAUAUCCUCGUGUCUUCCUAUGUGGCUGUGUGUGUCGGUCGAGCAGCUUUCGCUCGCAAACUAAGCGAUUCUGUGGCUCUGUCUCUGUCUGUACCUUAGCCUCUUUGUCUCCCAACAACUUAAGUCUUCUGUGUCUCUGACUCUGCCUAGCUUCGAUAUCUGCGGGGGCAGGAUAUUCUCGCCGGGAUUUUCUUUUGUUGUGUAAAUGGACUGUAAUUACCACUACAUUCACCCAGAAAACUCCAGGUUUGAAUGGUUAUCGCGUCUUUCCCCCCCUCCCCCCCCCCCCCCCCCCCCCCCCCCCCCCCCCCCCCCCCCUCUCUCUCUCUCUCUCUCUCUCUCUCUCUCUAUCUCUCUCUCUCUCUCCCCCCCCCUCUCUCUAAGAAGAGGACUUUGCUGUCCUCACUAAUGCCACUUUAAUCAAUUCAUGUCUUUGCU